GUUUCAUAUACUUUUGAAUAAUCAUAAGAAGUGCUUCAUACAAGAACACUGAGAUAGAUAAGAAUAUAUGGUAUAUUCUUAUCUAUCUCAGUGUACAAGAAGAACUCAUUAUUGAUUACAUCCAAGACCGUGAUUACAGAAGUUCCGCUUAUCACUAGUCGGUUGCCUUUUGUUUUCGUCGUAGUUUAAGUUAAAAGGAAUUUUAUUAUUUUUUUACCUUGUGAGUUUGUCUGGCUAAAUAAUAAAUAGGCGCUUUUCAAACAUUCAUUUUUAAUAAUACAAAUAAUAUUUCAUCAAAUUUGUGACUGUGAAAUCAAAAAGUAAUGUUUUUCUUGGUUUCAUUCAUGUGAUUUGUACCUAUUUAGCGAGAUUGCAGUAGACAUAUUAUAUAUGUAUUAUACUUAAAGAAUACUAUAUGUACCUUUAAAAAAUACGUCACGCGAUACCUUACCACCCAAAUAUUCUAUAGAUGACUGCAUUAACUACCACGAGAAAACUUACACCUCAAAACACAAUCAUCGGUAUAUAGAAUACCGGAAUACAGGUGUCGUAUACAUUCCAAGACUGAGUGAACGAGGUUACCCACGUCCAUUGAUCGAGUUCACUUUUCUGAGUACACAAUACAGAUAACUGUCUACUACUGAUAAAGCUAACUUCAAUAUCCGACCUGUCAAAUUGGUCUCGAUGGCUGCACAUUUAUAUUAAUUAUUUCAACUUUAUUUUUGAUAAUAAUUUAUAUCACUACAUUUAAAAAAUGCAUAAAUGUAUAGUGUGCGGCAAUUCAUCUAACAAAACUAAGGUCAACUGUCCAGGAGGAGUUAUUUAUCACGGAAUUCCAAAGAAUGCAUUCAUGAGGAGAAAAUGGCUUAAAGUUAUUGGAAUUGAUCAUUGUCAUGAUUGGCAACGUAUAUGUAGUGAUCAUUUUUUAGAAGAAAACUAUAAGCCAGGAAAAAAGCGAUUUUUAUUUUCAAAUGCUAUUCCCCAACCUUAUAAACGAAAUGGUUUUCCUUCUAAUUAUGCUACUCAAAGUGAUGAUGUUGAAACUGGAAAUAAUGUGAUUUUACCAAUGGAACAAAAUAUUAUAAAAAAUUUGGCUUAUUAUGAUGAAAGUUAUUGCAUAGAAUCUGAAUUUUACAGAGAGGAACAUAUUGGAAAUGCUAUUGUAAAUAAUUUAGAAUCACUAAGAUGGUCAUCUAGACUUACAGAAAACAAUGAGGAUAUGAGUAAUAAAAAUAUGCUGAACCAUACUUUAGGAUCUGGAUUACGAUGUUCCGUUAAAAAUUGCUUGAACAGGCUUUCAAAGAAUCUUAGUCUCUUUGGCUUUCCUAAGGACUUAACGCUGAGAAAAAAGUGGAUGGAAAAAUGUGGGAUAAAAAAAGAUCCUGCUAAAAUAGUUAUGAGUAGCACAAGAGUUUGUAGUUCUCAUUUUGAGCUCCAUUGUUUCAAGAAUACUGAAUUGAAGAGCAGAUUAAAACCAGGAGCUGUUCCAUCAUUAUUUUUAGAUAAUGUACCUACUGCUUUGCCUAUAUCAAUUAAUGAGGUGCCUGUAUUGAGUACAUGUGAAGAUCAAUUCAUAAGCCCAAUAGAAAAUGAAGCUGCUGAACAGUCGUCGUCAGAAAAAAAAAACAAUUUAAAAGAUAACACAGAUAAUACUUUCAUGAAAAUUGACCUUACAAUUGAUGAUUCAUCUAAUAGUUCGAUGUCCAUUACUUUGGAACCAAUUGAGAAAAGAAAAAACUGCAAUACUGAAGAUUUAACAAGGGAUGAACACGGGAUUAUUUUUGAAAUAUCUAAUCAAGUUGUACUUCCUAAUAUAUAUUGGAAGAGUGAACAUCUUAGUUCAGAAAAUGCAGCACGGUUUGUUCAACAUGACGCGAAUGAUGAAAUUGUGAAGAUAAUCUAUUUUUAUGAUAACCUUGUGCCAUCUAUACAAAUAUAUGGCAAGAAAUAUGAAUAUACAACUCCUAUCACAACAAUGAAAGAGUUAGGCGAUCUUUUAGAGAAGAUCGAUAGUAUUGAGAAAUGUUAUGGUAGGGGUGGAUUCGUCUUUGAUCAAUGUUUAGGGUAUUAUGAAAAUAGUUUAGAUACUGAAAUAAAUGAUGAUAAAAGAAUAAAAAUGUGUUCUGUCUGCCAAGAGUUAAUCAAAGAUCGAGAUUUGCAAAGAAUGAAAGCAAAACUUGAAGCUAAAAACAAAACUAUAGAAAGUUUCAAAAACAGAAUUGCUGAAAAGAGAGAAAUUGUAUUACAAGAAAGAAGAAAAAUGGCAGAGAUGGUAAGAAAUCGUCAAAUCAGGCUCGCGUUAGAACAAUCAGGAAUUUCAAAUAUUAUGAAGCCAUAAAUAUAAUGCAUUGUAUUACAUAAUAUUCGUAAUUUUUUAAAUUUUUUAUUGGGGGUUCAAUCCGAAGUAUAUAUUAAAAUGAAUAGCAUAAGAACAACGAAAGCAAGAAAACAAACAUUGAUUCAAAAAAAAAUAUAUAUUUUUACAAUUUCAAAAUA